AUGGACACCCCGCUCACCUCUACGGCGCAGCCCCAAUGCAUGCUGCAGACCGUCGACCAGGCUUUCUACUGCGGACUCCUGUGCCAGGCGGAUGCGCAGUGCCCGAGCGGUGCAUCCUGCCGCAAGGUGGGCACGCAGGGCGUUGGCUUGUGCAUCCAUCCGCUGUCCUUCGCAGACUGGGCCCGCUUGUCCACGCGGGUGAAGCUGGCAAUAGGCUUCCCCAGCGCUCCCUCUGGGUCGCCAGCGGGGAGCAAGGGCUUCCAGGUCGCGAAGGCGUACUCCGCUCUGCAAAGCCUCAAGCGGCGAUACGCGAUAUCUGACGGCGACGCUGAUGUUUUGACUGUCAAGGAGAUGCUGGCAGCAGCAUCGCUUCCUCUUGGCUUGGCUGAGCGGGAGCAGCAAGCUUUGACCGGUCUUACCAGCAUGGUGAAGAAAGCCAUAGAGCAGGGCAACGCCAAGACCGGGCUCGUCUCCGAGGUUUCUUCGGAUCUGAAGUUCUUUGGCAACAACGUGGUUGCCGGACCGUCCGGCUGGGAGCGCGAAGCCGAGAGCGUCGUUUGGAACGUGGAGCACAUCGAGAACUACGGGGCGGCCACGGGUCUGUUGCGUGGGGUCAUCGAGUUGGGCCUCAUUUACCUCGUCUGCGGCGCCCUGUACAAGUAUCAGAUGCACGGCGCGCAAGGUCUGCAGCUGAUCCCCCACCUGGAGUUCUGGAUGGACUAUCCGACCUUAGUCGCCGAUGGCGUGCAGUACUCGAAGGUGUUGCUGUCCCAGUUCGGAGGCAAGGCAGACAGCGGUUUCGAGAGUGCGGCGCUGAGCCCCGUGUUUUCAGGCCUGACUGCACGGAAGCCUCAGCUGGAAGAUGUGGAAUGUAGAGGAGCCCCGUUCUCGAAAUAUCUCUAUCGCAAGCCACUUCGCCCCCUCAUAGGCUCCAACGGGUUCAAAGCCUCCACCACACAGCUUUCCACCGGCUCCGGCGGUCCCAAGCUGAGCAUUGGCUUUGCAAUAGGUGGCCCUUCGGGUUCCGGAAAAUCAACCUUGGCCCAAAAGCUUGCCGAGCAGCUGCAGGCCUGCGUGGUUCACCAGGACCAUUACUUCUUGAAGACUUUCGUGCGCUACAGGGACCGCGUCGACGACACCUUUGAGGGCCCGGAGAACGUGGACUGGCCUCGGCUCCGGGAGGACGUGAUGUGGCACCUCCAACAGACGGCAGUGGUUGCUGAGGGCCAUCUUCUGGCGAUGGAUAAGGAGCUGGUUUCGGCAGCAAAGCUCUGCGUGAUUCUGCGCUGCACGGCAGAGGUUUGCCGCGGCAGGCGGCUGAACCGUCGGCAUCGCCAGGAGGAGGAACUCGAGGAGCUCGGAGACUAUAUUGACAAGUUCGUUUGGCCAUCCUUCCUGCAGUACGGACAGCCUGCUUUGACGUCGCUCGAGAAGUUUUGCUGCCUGGAUGCAACUGCGGUCCCGGAGAAAGUUAGAUGA